AUGGACCUUUCUCUACCAUCAAAGUGUCAUGGGAAACCAUCACUGAAAGCCCGUAUUAUAAACUGCUACAGUCCAACUAAUGUCAAAUCUAUACAGAACCCACGCAUUGCUGAUGAGUUUUACUGUGGGCUCCAGGAAGCUAUCAGAAUUCCUGCCAGACAUGAACUUUUCAUCAUGGGUGAUUUUAAUGCUAGGCUAGGGAAACGGACUAAAUCAGAUUUUGAAAGUGGUCUUCAAACUAACAUGGGAAGACAUGGUAUUGGUCGGCGUAACGAAAAUGGCGAAAGGUUGCUAGCUUUCAUGAUCACUAAUGGACUCUAUGCAGCCAACACUGCAUUUUCACAUGCGAGCAGACACACCAACACUUUUACAGGAUGGAUUAAAGACCGUAGAUCCAAAAAGUCUGUACCCUGGUUUUCUCAAAUUGAUUAUGUUUUAUGUAGAUCUAGAAGUACCCCUCUGCUUGUUGACGCUAGGUCUUACGCUGGUGCAAAACUUCAAUCUGAUCACAAAAUUGUAAAAGCAACUUUUGACCUCAGUAAACGUUACAAACUUUACAGUACUGCCAAACACAAAGUCAAGCAGUAUAACACCAACUCAUUGGUUUGUAGCAAAGAUGUUCAAAGUUCUUUUCAACAAAAUGCUGCUCAGAAGAUUGAAACUGAUACAUCUGCCCAGUCAGUCACUGAAAGUUUUAACAACCUUUUCGAGGCGGUUAAAAUUGCUGCAUCUGAAACAGUGGGUAUGAAAGGAAACACAGCCAAACGUCACAGAACAUCAGACCCACAAGUCGUCUCUAUGUCAGAAAAGAGACACCAAUUACUACAACAUUUAAACGACAACAAAAUGCGUGACAGAACUAUCCUGCGUAAGGAAAUCAACAGACUCAAGAAUGACAUUGCAAAGCGCCUUAUUACACUUGAAACCGCUCAUGCCGACCUUCUAGCUGAGACGAUCAACUCCACUGAUGAUACCAGAAGAAUGUUCGAAGCAACCAGAGCAAUUUCAAGCACAAAGGACACUCCUCCUAUUUCAGUAUUCCUACCAGAAACAGAAGAACUUGCUCUCAAUGACGAAGAUAAGGCAGACAUAGUCAAGAACAUUAGAUACGCCUAUAACUGCACUUGA